UUUCCGCAAGAUUUUCCUCCGCCAUUACAGGCCUUCCAAUUUCCUCUGCUUCCAUCUCCCAAAUUCCCCGCGACUUCUCGAUUUCAACGAGAUUCAUCGCCAGAUGCUCGGAUUUCGAUAGGAGCUGUCGUUUUGCCAGAUUCGGAGAGGAAAAUGAGAAUCGGCGGUGCACGAUUUCUCGUUCUGGUAUUUGCGGCGGCGAUUCUCCACCGCGUCGCCGCCGCGUCGUCGCUGUGUGAGCUCAAUGUCGAGGAAAACAACAACGUCUACUACUACAGCCUGGUCGCGCCGGUUCGUGAUUUUCCGCACGGGAUAUUGAGUGAAGAUGGGUAUUAUAAGGUGGCUGCAAAUGGGACCGUGGUUUGGUUUCAGCUUUGUGACACAAUGAUAUUCAACCAUGAUCCUCCUAUGUGCGUUGGGUGUAAGGACUGUGGUGGUCAAUCACACUGUGGUAUGGGUUGCAGUGCACUUGUUUCUAGCAAGAUAGAAGGUUAUCCUGUUUGUACAAGUCUUGGUCAGCCUUCAAGCACACUCAUUGAUGUCCUUGAUAAGAAGAGUCCUGAAAAAGGUAUAAUUGUUAAGAUGACAAAAAGUGGCGAGAAGCGUAACUGUUCGCUCUCUGUAUCAGUUAUAUGUAAUUCAAAAGGAGUUCAAGGUCCUCAGAUGUUGGAGAGUGUUGGUGUAUGUGAUUAUAACACAGAGCUAAAGCAUCCAUUAGGUUGUGCCAGGACUAUAUCCUCUAAUGGAAAUGGAAUGGGCUGGUUUGGUACGUUCAUCAUCAUAAUCUUGUGCCUCUUUGGAUCUUACUUAUUGGCUGGUGCGGUGUACCGGUAUUUCUUCCUGCAUGUUCGUGGAAUAGAUGUAAUUCCCAACCUGGAGUUGUGGGCUAGCUUGCCACACAGAAUACAGAAUACGUACCACUCUUUGAUUCGGAGAUUCACAGGACCUUCACAAGUACACAGGAGCUCGUAUUCUCCUGUCGAUUUCUGAGCUGAAUCAUUCCUUGUCACUGCUGCGAAGCUGAACUUUUGAGAGCACAAGAGCUCCACGGCUGAGGGUUAUUUACGUCCGCCUAUAUUUCCGCGAGAGAUCUGCACAUUGCUUGUGCAAAAGAUGAUUUAAUUCUUGCUCAAGUUGUCACAUUUUUUUACAGAUGAUGUGUAGCAUCUUGAGUAUUGUCUGUUGUUGGUAGUCUCUUUUGAAAAUAGAUGGUCUUAGUUUAUUAAUGAAAUCUUUGUUUAUCAACUUUGCUUUCAUCUACCUGUUUUGUUAGUUUAGAAGGAUGCUACAACUUAUUUUCAACUUGUACUUAUUUUAGUGAAAUUUAUAUUUGUAGGAGUCUUUUAUAGUUA